CCUUUGUCGGUCAUGUUCCAUCGCGGUGCGUCAGCGAUGCGCGCGCUGUCGCCUGGACUGGCUUUCCUCCGCUCGCCGUUGGCGCUUCGAGUCGCUGGCCUCUCGUCCACUCCCGCGACCUCGUCAUCAUCGUCGUCAUCGUCGUCGUCAUCAUCGACGUCGUCAGCGUCGUCAUCAUCGAAUCUGGAUUGCGCGACUGUGGCGUCGUCAAGUGCUGCAGACGCUUCCCAUCACGCAUUCAAAGGGAGCUCGCUGGUCAAGAUUCCGCACGUCCACAACCGGUCGAACACGCACCGGUCGCGAUCGGUGGUCACCCAGCUGCUGUGGAUGGAGCGCCUGGCCAAGGAAAAGCAAGAUUUGUUGCGCCCGGCGAUCGCAUCGGGUGACGCUGCAAGCAUCAUCAACCAGGGUGCGCUCACCAAGCGCAUGCGUGAUUCGUACUCUGAAAUCCAUCUGCCGUUUGGCAGUCUGGAGUCCCUCCGCGACGACUACACCAACGUCUAUGGCACCAUUCGCUUUGGCAAGCUGCUGGAAGACAUUGAUGCGUUUGCCGCCAACGUUGCGUACAAGCACUGCGAUGACAGCAACCCACUGACCCCGCCACUGACAAUCGUCACUGCGUCGGUCGAUCGUAUCGACAUUCUCAAUCCUCUCACAAUGCGCGAUCUUGCGCUCAUGGGCUUUGUCUCGUGGGUGGGAACUUCGUCGAUGGAGGUCUCCAUCUGGCUCGUCGACGCUCAUGAACUGCACGCUGCGCGUGCCGAAAAGCUGCAGGCGCAAGGCAAGCCGGCUCUGUUCGUUACGUCGCCUGUGACAGCCGAUGGCGAGUUGGGCAUCCUGGACAUUGGAUCACCCGAACUCUACCUCACACCCAGCGAAGUGCCCUGUCGAAACAUUCUCCUCACGGCGUCAGUCACAAUGGUCGCACGUGAUCCCGUCACCCAGAAGGCCACCAACGUCAACCGCUUGGAACCCGAGUCGCCUGAAGAGCGUGUUAUUUUUGCCAUGGGUGCAGCAAACAAACUCCGGCGCAAGGAACGCGCGGCUCGCUCGCUUUCAAAGAUGCCUCCCACGGCGGAGGAGAGUGCGCUCGUUCACGAUCUGUUUCUCAAACGCGCUGCAGUUCAACAGCGUCAUCUCGAUGCCGCCAACUUUGUCAUGAUGCGCGACACCAUCAUGAGCUCGACCACUGUUUGCCAGCCUCAGGACCGCAACAUUCACCAUCGCAUCUUUGGCGGAUGGCUGAUGCGCAACGCGUAUGAACUGGCCUGGGCGGCAAGCCACUUUUAUGCUCGUGCCCCGCCGGUAUUUGUGGCUCUCGAUGACAUUUCCUUCCAGAAGCCCGUUGAGAUUGGCUCCAUCUUGUCCUACACUUCCCAAGUGACAUUUGCGCGCGGGUUCCCCCACAAGUCGUUCCAUGUCUCGGUUCGUGCCGACAUCAUUGAUCCAGUCACCGGUCGCCAGGAAACAACGAACGUUUUCCAUUUUGUGUUUGUGUGCGAAAAGCCAAUCAAGCCGCUGCUUCCAGAGACUUACGAAGAAUCGAUGAAAUAUCUCGAGUCGAUGCGUCGCUACAUUGACGGCAAACUGUUGACCAAGCGUGAAGCUGAGGCUCGAGAAGAGCAGAGAAGGCUCUCUGCCAAGCUUUGACCGAUUCCAAAGUUUUUGUCACUUGAAGCUCAUGUGUAGAUGGUGUAUCUGCUGUUGUGCAUCCAUUCAGCCGGGAUUUGGCUACUGUCGACCAACUGCGCAAAAUGAAGGACGACGGCGGUGUCGUCGUUGCUUUCGUGGUUUUGAUUGGCAGACUCGUGUUCAAAUUGUUCAUU